UGACGGGAAUUACUCGACUUCCGGCCGAGGAGCAACACAAGAUACUUCCCUGCGGCGGCGGAGAGACAAUAACAAAGCUAUGGGAGAAAUGUCCGGCUUCGAGGACAGACUGCAGUCGUACUCGUCCACACAGCUGCACGAACUGCUGGAGGACGAUGGCAAGCUCCGGGAAAUGGUCAGAGAGAUGGAGGAGAUGCAGGAAAUGCAGCAGAAUAAAGAGCUGACGAUCGCCAGUAACCGCAGCCUGGCGGAGCAGAACCUCAACCUGCAGCCUGAACUGGACCAUCAGAAGAUCCAGCUGACCAAACGCUACUGCUGUUUACAAGAUCUGCACGAGUCCUACCAGCUCCGCGGGUCCACGCUAGGAAACAGAUCACUAGACACAUUGUUGGCUCUUUUGCAAACCGAGGGAGCCAAGAUCGAAGAAGAAACAGAGAACAUGGCUGAUUCAUUCUUGGAUGGAUCUGUGCCUCUGGACUGCUUCAUUGAUGACUACCAGAGCAAGAGGAAGCUGGCACAUCUGAGGCGUGUGAAGAUCGAUAAACUACAGGAGAUGGUGCUGAAGGGGGUUCAUCUUCCUCAGGGUUCCUCUAAUGAUCCCUCACAACCUCAGGAGACCCAUAACUUCACCGCACCUAUCCAAAAAAUAGCUAAUGGUUCUCCAGCUCAUGUAAGACCUGCACAGAUAUCUCAACCAUCAGCCAUGCCUUACAACCCUCAGAGCCUCGGUGCUCCUCUGCCAAACACGGUGCCAUCAUAUUCCUGUCCAUACCCACAAGCACUCCCUCAAGGACCCGGCGCUGGUCUUCCCCCGCAGGCAGGUUUCAUAAUGCAAUGAUGUUCUUCUGCCUGAGCCUUUCCACUAGAACGUGAAACGUGAUGUCCUCCCUUUUUCUUUAGAUGCACUUUGAUCCUAAACAGGUUUGGGUUUCUGCAGUUCCACAGAAUUAAUUUCAGUUUGUUUGCAUAACAUAAGAUGCAUUAAGACGAUUAUGAUUCAGAAUCAAAAGUUUUAAGCUGAAAAGUAGUGUGUCUUUUAAACAAUGGGGGUAUUGCACUUCUCAUGUAAAUAUCUAAAUUUAAUUGAAAAUGAUAUUGAGAUGGAUUUGAAAAUAGGUCCUUAUGCACACAUAAGACACUUUUACUGUGUACUUUUUAUUUUGUGAGGAAAAUAUUGUCACUGUAACGAUAACAGACAAUAUUGGAAUUUUGGACUUCUGGUUUAAAAACUGACCAAAGAUGCACUCCACCUGUUCCAUGCGCGCUCUGUUAAGUGGUUUUGAAUAUAGUGGCUUUGUUGGACUUCAUUUGAUUUCAUUCUAACAUGAAAUGUUUAAAUACUCCUGUGGCAUUAACAGACCGGCCUGACAGUAAGUCUGUUAUAGAAAGACUUUCUUAGUGUGAAUCAGACUUUAGUAAACAGUUUAGUUAUCAUAAACUGAAAAAAAAAAACUAUCCUUAAAUAGCUACUAUACUUAAUAUAAUAAAAAUAUUAUAUACCAGUAAUUAGAAUGCUGUUUACAACAUUUCCGAUAUGUAAAGUGAUCUAUUUUGGCACUGCAUUUCUGAUGAAAUCUUAUCUUUGCAGAGAAGUGCAGGUACUUUGAUCAAAGAACUGUCAUGCUGGGUUGUGACAAGUCUUGUGCACGUUUUAUAUGAAGGAUGUUAUUAUGCAAGUCUGUAAAGUUAGAGUAAAGUCACUUUCUGUACACUGAUGUAAGUACAGGUAAAAGAAAUCAAAUGUGCCUUGCAACAGAACAAACGAGUGACGUUUAAUGAAGAAAGCAUUUAUCCACACCGUCGCUGUGCUUUGAUAAAUCUUUGAAGCCAUCUACAACUUAGUGUUUCUGAAGACGAUUAAUGGUGCAGAAUCCUUUUGAACGGUUUUAUCUGUAGUGUGGUAACCUGUAACACUCCUUAUGUAAAGUACUGUACAUUGUAGCUGUCUGAUAAGUGGAUAUUGGUGACUAGAUUUUUUUUAAUGCUGAUUAAUAAAUGCCUAAAGACAAAA